AUGGAAGGUUUAAAGCCAACUAUUCGGGACAAGAUUAGCGUGCAGAUGGUAGCAACGGUGGAUGAUGCUCGAAGCUUAGCUCUCAAGGCUGAGAUGAUGACACAAGACAUGGGAAAUUCAUACCGCAGGAAUUAUUUGGUCACCGAGACUGGAGCUUCAAGGAACCAAAAUGCUCUUGCCAAGCAAUUCACAGCAAAGUGCUUCAAGUGCAACCAGCCGGGUCAUCGAUCGAGUGAUUGUCCUCGGCGAAAGGCUAUUGCUUUGGUGGAGCAUGAUGAAGAUGUUGAAGAUGUGUUUUGCGAUCCUGAGGAAGAGGAAGAAUACAGUGGUGAUGAUGAUUAUGAGCAGACAUACAUGGUUCGGAAGUUGAUGCUCGCACCUAAGCAAGAAGACCAAUCCCAAAGAAACAAGCUAUUUCGUACUAGGUGCAACAUUCAUUCACACACUUUCAACUUGAUUAUUGACAGCGGAAGUCAAGAGAAUAUCACAGGAAGAGCUGUGGUUGAGAAGCUAGAGUUGACAGUUGAGAAGCACCCAAAUCCUUAUUCGAUUGGCUGGAUAAAGUCAGUGGGUGAUAUCCGAGUGACCGAACGAUGCAAGGUUCCUUUCUCCAUUGGCAAAUAUCGAGAUGAGGUGUACUGCGACGUUGUGGAUAUGGAAGCUUGCCACCUAUUGUUUGGGAGACCUUGGCAGUAUGACACUGAUGCAAAACACCAUGGUAAAGAGAAUAUGUAUCAACUCGUAAAGGAAGGGGAUUUACCAUCGCAGAAGCAAAUCGUAGAGGUGCCAGAGGAAGUGAAGCCCCUACUUGCAGAAUUUGAAGAGAUCAUCCCUGAGGAGUUGCUGGAUGGGUUGCCUCCAAUAAGAGAUAUUCAGCACCAAAUCGACUUGAUGCCCGGAGCAAGCUUACCUAAUCUGCCCCAUUAUCGCAUGAGUCCACACGAGAGUGCAAUACUCCAGGAGAAAGUAGAGGAACUGCUAAGAAAAGGUCAUAUUCGGGAGAGUUUGAGUCCAUGUGCUGUGCUUGCAUUAUUGACUCCGAAGAAAGAUGGGAGCUGGCGUAUGUGUGUCGAUAGCAGGGCCAUUAAUAAGAUUACGGUGGGAUACAAGUUUCCCAUUCCAAGGCUUGAUGAUAUGCUGGAUCAAUUACACGGGGCGGUGGUGUUCUCCAAGAUUGACCUUCGGAGUGGAUACCACUAA